CACAGCAUGGACACAGUAGAUACCUAAUACAAAACGUCUGCACGGGCCCUUGCACUUGCAUACGCAACGUCUCGCCUUGCUCGCCUUACUCGAAUCUUCAACAUAGAUCACUCCACCCCUUCGUCGCCUAAUUCAUGAAAUCUAGUCACCCGAUUCAAUAAAUAUGUGAACUUUUGGCGGAAUUUUUCGCAUGUCAAGAUUUCUGCUUCAUUGCACAACAGUUCAGGAUGGCUUCUGAGCAUCUUCGCACCGUCAUCGACGUCCUGAAAGCGCACCGUUUUGCUACUGCCUCUGUGCUCGGCCUCGCAGCCAUAUCGCCAUGGGCGAUUAGAGACUAUCGCCUCUUCCUUUCAUAUGGCCCCGGAGGCUUACCAUACAACCCACUCGGUUGGUUGGUGGCCAACAUAUUCAAUCUGAUUAGUCGUGAGCAACUCUCCACGACUGUGUACAGCCACCGAGGUUUUCCCCUUGAUGACGAGCCCGGUUUCCUGCCAGCGGGGUUUCCCCAAAAACGUGCCUCACCACGACCCCUCUUUGGCGCUCAUGCGGUCCCGCAGAGACAAUUAGAUCAACUGCCGACUGAAGCUAUCAGACAAAGCCUCAUUGACCGCUUUGCUGAGUUGGGACAACAGACGCAAGAGAAGGGCCUCACAGAAGUCAAGCAGAGCCUUCUCGAGCGCCGCCAUGACGCUAUACACGUGUCCAAGAAGCGACAAUGGCACGCGCUGGCGGAUCAGACGCGCGGAGAGAUCUCGCAUGUACAUGCAGGUCUAGACGGCAGUCUGCAUGUCACACUACAUCCUUCAGACUGUAAAGCGGUAAUAGAGGCGGGAUGGGGUCAGCGACACCCAUUAUCUGGUGUUAGGCUUCUUCAAACACUUCUGGGACUCAGUCUCCCAAUCAGCUAUGUGGUGAUAUAUGCCCCACGGGACGAGGCGGAGAUUGAAAUUGCCAUAACCAUCGUGAAGGCAUCAAUCGAGUAUAUGACAAGCGCACGAGGCGCUUUGGAGUAAGACGAACCCAAAAUUUGGGGAAACGAAUGUUGCAACGACAAUCGAGCAGAGGCUGGACUAGUACUGCAGGGCAGCUUUGGUAUGACUCCCGACUAUAUUUGCACAAGGACGCAAUACAAUAAUGCACAUGGAGACUGUGGGGCGGCUGUCCCUUUUUGCGGGGUAGCUCCGUCUCUCCGCAACUCGUGGCUUGUAACUAAUAAACUAAGCAUUGGGGUAGGGCUGGAGUUGAACUUUGGCCUGGCUUUGAAUCUACUGUCACCUAUUCUGAGCGGAGUCUUCCUUUCAUCCAAAAUCAAUAUCUUACUGCAUUAUCUAUUGAUGCUGUGUUGCAAUACCGUUUCCAAUUAUCGCAAAACGCCCGAUGUAUAUCUUAUAGCCGGGAAA